AUGUUCGCUAAGGUCAUUUGCUUUUAUGCCCUAGUGGCGGUUACAGUAGCCCAAUAUGGAUAUGAACAUGGAGCAGCAUACUCGUCUCAACAUAUCUCUCGUCACGAUGGACAUCCAGAAACAGUACAUGACUAUGGACAUGAUCACAUCGACUAUUUUACGCAUCCUAAGUAUGACUUUGAAUACAAAGUAGUGGACCACCACACCGGCGACAUCAAGUCUCAGCACGAAAGCCGCGACGGCGACGUAGUGAAGGGAUACUACGCUCUGCACCAGCCUGAUGGCUCUGAAAGAGCAGUGCAUUAUCAUGGUGACCAUCACACUGGG